AUGGCGAAGGGACACAAGUCGUCGGCGACAGCUGGCACCAGAAAGAAGAAUGCUCGCAAGGCUGCGGAAACUGCAGGUCAACCAGCUUCUUCUCCUGUUUCGGCGGCCAAACUCCCAAAGAACACCAAGGGCUCGAAGAGAGAGCUGAGGGAGGCACGCCAGAGAGAGAAGGUCUACAUACCCCCUGUCAAACCUGCUCCCCCGAAACUCGAUCCUCUCGAUACAACAGGAUUGGCAAGAAUCUUACCUCCCGAUCUCGUCGUCGUUUUGAGGAGUCUCGGUAAAAAGGAUGCAGUCACCAAAACUAAGGCAUUGGAAGAAUUGUCUAAGUGGGUGGAUGACGCCGCGAAAGAACCGUCAGAUGUCGCAGACGAAGGCUAUGACGGUGGUCAAAAGAUCAAUGUAAUCGUAGAGAUGCUGCCGGUCUGGUUGCAUCGUAUUCCUGUCCUGUUCACGCAUCCCGCACGCCGUGUCCGUUUCCUCGCAGGUUCGCUGCAAACUGCUCUCGUUCGGCUGCCCCCAACGCGUAGCGCACUGAUUCGUUGGAUCGCGGAUCAAGCAUCUCAAAGUGAACUAGUAACCGUUCUUGGAGUAUGGGUUAUGCUUGCACACGAUGUGGACCGUGGCGUUGCAAAUGUGGGGGAACGCGGUUUGACUGAAUUCGUCGGAAGUUCCCCCAACCUUGCAAGUCCUUUGCCUUGCGUUACGCUUACUUCGCCCGUUCUCUCCGAUCUCCUUACCUUCUCUUACCGUGCAGUGCUAGACCCAGCUGGCCUUCACGCGUCAUUGAAUCCCAUCGCGGCACCUAUAGAUCCUAUCGCGUACAUCACUUCUGGAAAAGGGGCGAAGGGAAAGAAAGGUGCCCCGGUAACUCCGACAUCAGAUCCUGCCAAAGCGGGUGACGCGCCAGGUGAGGAGAGCGAAGCUGACAGGAGCGGGCGAUUGAGGGCUAGCGCUUUGGGUGCUGUGAGAUGGAUCAUAGGGACUUCAAUGGAGGAUACCACCGAAGUCCCACUACUGCAGCCUGUCAGCCCUCAUUUGUCUUCGCCCAAUUUUUGGUCCUCUCUACACCCGGGACCUACUUGCCCAUUUACUCUCCCCGAAGAUUCUACUAGAACGAGCGACAACGACGGAAGCGGUGUUCGACUUAAGGCGUGCUUGGGGCAUUCCCAACCACAAGUUCGUCGUGCAGCGUGGGCGCUCGUUGCAAGUCUUCUGGAGGGGAAGAAAGGCCCGUUACCUCCGGAUAUUUUACACAUCCUGUCCUCAGCCAUUCUACGCUCUGCGUGGGUGGAAACCGACGCAGGCGUACGAGUUGUACUCACCAAACCUUUACUGAUGUUCUUGAAAGGUGUGCCUCGUUCGACAACUCCAAAUUAUCCAUGGGCCUGGACAAUUGACGCAGAGCGCGCCAUGAAUAAUUAUGGGGAUAUUGAGAUCGCCGAGGAAGUAUCUGUAGAUGAGCCUGAAGAUGAGGCGGAACGUACGGACGAGGAUGACUCCACGGACGAGGACGAGGACGACCAGACACUACCUUCGCCCGCGUUCUGGAGCAUGGCGGAGGGGUAUCCACUAGUGUUGGUGUUCCCACGAUCGCUGACCUAUACGCACUCCUCUCAAUUGCUGGACGCGUUAUGGGCACCGUUCUAUGCGCGUCUUCUUCCGGAGCGCCGAGCCACCGCUGCGUGGUUGCGAGCUUUGUUGGAGUGUAUGGUGUGCCUUGUGAAGCAAGCUCUCGAGGACCUUGAGCCGGAAUACGUUGCAGACGAAAAGCGACUGGUACGCCCACUACUAGAGAGACAGUUCAGCGCCUUGUGGGACGCAUUGUCUACACGCACCCUGCGUAUUGACGCAGUGGAGGCGUCCCGGACUAUCGCAACUACAUUAGACAGAUUAGCCAAAAUUGGAGAAGAUUUGUUCAAGAGUGCCUUCACUGCCAUCGCCGUAAAGAUAACAAAGGGCGAGGAGCAAUCGUUGAGCCUUGCACCGACAUUUUUGUGCGUCUUUAACGACACAUUUGCACCUGGACACAGUACGAAAGCAGCACUACACGAGGAGAAAGGCGCUAAAGAAGUGGUAGCCAAGGUUGAACCACUCAUCCACCUUAUGGAUACCUUCGGGUCACGACUUUUUGAAGAUGAUGAGUUUGCUUCGGUGCCGGUUCAAACAAGCUCACUACCUGGUCAUCUUCGUGGGGUGUCCUAUUCGAUGGAUACAUUGAUCCUGAAAUGGCUAGAUUACAGUGUAGAGCACAGCUCAGAACCUGUUGCUCUUGAUAUAGUAAACAACAUACUAAGUGUGUACUCGUACUUCAUCUCUCCGCAGGGGCUGGCGGCUAUUACGGAUGCAUUAUCGCGGAACGUCACUAGCUACGCGGAAACCAUGCUAGAUGUUGCUGGUGUCUCUCCCUUCGGAAUGAAUGGUACCGCGGACCUAUCUGCGACCUCGGCCACUCGUGCUCUGAGUCUUGCGCGGCGGCUGAUAGAUGCCGGGUAUCAAAUGGCUGGAGAGAAAGCCGCGGAACUGUAUGUGGGAGUGGCUCUUCUGGCCUUCAUUGUUCCCUCCUCCAACGGAGAGGAUGAUGGGAACACAGAAGGAGUUGAUGAUGCAAGGGUAAUCUGGGAAUCACUUGUCACCAAGAAGCAUGACGGUGAGGGAACGGAGGAAAUGCGACAAGCUGUGAGUGCUCUGCUGAAAGAGCAGCUACGCAAGAACGUCGUGAACAGUAGGAUCUUAUCGAGGCCAGACCACAUCAUGCGCGCACUGUUACCUGGAAUACCUGGUCUCCAGAUUGAUGUCCUAAUAGACAUCCUCCCAUCGCGUUCUGAUUUGGACGUGCUCCUCGAGGAUCUUCCUGGUACAGCGGUCUCUCCAAGUCUUGCAUUGAUAGAUGCCACCAUUCCUACCACACCAUCCUCAGAAGACACUAGUUAUUAUCCCAUCGCGAACCCCGGGGACGCUCUCAUUCUACCUCUACACCCGUAUGGCCGAGCCGUUUUUGCACUCCUUACAUACCUUUCCUCAGUACGCACGAAGGCGCUUGUGCAUCUGUGGGCAUUGCGUCACGUUAUCACGUUUGGGGUGUACCUUGCGGAGUACGUGCAUGUCGGGGACGAGCGAAGCCCUGUGUUCGGCGGCACAUUGGACGCUCGACCGGGCAAAGACGCGAUUGCUCUUGCAAAACGUGAGAUAGCGAGGGAUUUGCUAGGGAAAGCGCAGGCUUUGGUGACGUACCUCCUAAGCCGGGCCAAGGAAGAUAUUCAUGCACGAGCCGUUGGAGCGCUCUUGAAGGAUGAUUCCGGCGUUGAAGAGGGAAGUUUCGCAUCAUUCGUUGUCGAGGUCGUGCGCAAAUCCGUAGAGGGUGACACCGUUCGAGAUGCGCUCGUUUUGCGAACAGUGCUUCAACAUUUGUUUGUGGAUGCAACCAAAGAUGAUGCAGACCUAUGGCUCGUACUUGCACGCCGGUUCGAGAAGACAGCACCCCAGACCGCCAUUGCGAUAUUGGUCUCCAUCACAGUAUAUGCACCUGAGCCUCCCAAGCUCGAUAGGUACCGCAAUGAACUAGCUGCAACGCUUCUCGGUGUAAAACCUGAAGACGCUGAGACUACCGGGCUCAAAUACCUUCGUUUGCUUAGCGCAAGCGCACCCGACCCAAAUUCGGCGGUGGUGUUCCUACCACAACAUCGCGCUGUCAAUGUGAUGCGUGCUUGUCAGACAUGGAUUGCAGAGGGGGAUGAGGACGCCAGCGAGGAGUUGGAGAGCGUAAUGACCCUGGUAUUCCGACAUGUUGCACCCAUUUUAGAGAACGUGCCGGGAUCGCACUGGGAGUUCAUUUGGGAUGUCGUAGAGAGCAAUCUGGAGGUUUGUUCGCUGGAGGAACCGGACACGCUAGCGACCCUUGGACGCACGUUGCAAUUGGUCACUACCAUCGAGGAGCUGGUAACGACGAACAAAUCACUACGCGAAGGCUGGGAGAAGAGACGCAAAGCGAUCUUUGGCCUGAUUAAGAAGGUCGUCAUCGUCGACACGCGUGAAAUAUCGUAUUCCGAUCCGCGCGCCAUUUGUCGUGAGCUGGCGAUGUCGAUUGUCCAAAACAUGCCAUCUUCCAUGAUAGAUGAGAAGACGCUGGCGACUAUGUGUCACCUCCUCGCAGACAACUCCCCGGAUGUUCAGAGGAUGAGCUACCACCUGCUGCAGAGUGCUGCUUCCAAGUUUACGGAACAUCUUGUGGUCGAAGCGGGUGUUGACACGGAAGGAACUGUCAAAUCUGAGCUGCCUGAGGAAUUACUCGCUAUUCUACAACAGGGAAUUGGAGAGGGAUUUGACGAAGAUUUGCCUAGCUCACGCAGCCUGGAGGUGUCUGGAUACUUGCUUGCGUGGAUGGUUAUAUUCGAUCUCUUCACCGGUGCUUCGUUGAAAGUUCGAUCAGGCUACUUUAACCACUUGAGGAGUCUCGAUAUUGUUUCUGAGCAUUUUAUUCCCAGCAUUUUUGACGUACUUGGCUUGCUUGACGGGAAGAAGGUGUUUAAGUUAGACAUGUGGUCCGUGGACGAAUUCUACUUAGAUGCUUAUGAUCCCGCAGACUCUCUUAGCCUCCAACUGCUCGCUGCCCACCUAUACCAUCGUGCUCUGCUGACUAUUCCAGCAUUGAUAAGGAGCUGGAUCAGCGAUCGCACUGACAAGCAGUUGCUCAUGCGUAUCAGCGACUAUACAUCGGCUCAUUUCUCACCCGGAAUCAUCAAGGCAGAACUAACGCUGAUUCGACACCCCCCCGAAUCUUCUGAGUUGUCGACCACUGAAAACUUGAAUAUCAAAGUGUCUUCGGCAUUUAACGAGGUCGCUGCAUCGUACUCGGUCGACGAGCAAGUGCUAGAGCUAUCAAUACGGAUGCCAAAUGACUGGCCACUUCGUCGCCUCGAGGUGCGGGACACGAAGAAGGUGGGUGUCUCAGAGGAAAAGUGGAAAGCAUGGGUGUUAGGGGUACAGCAGAUCGUAUGGCAACAAAAUGGGCGGAUCGUGGACGGCCUAACGCUGUUCGCAAAGAAUGUGACCCUCCACUUCGCUGGACAGGUGGAAUGCGCGAUCUGUUACUCUAUUAUCAGUGUCAUGGAUGCCAGUCUUCCUCAAAAACCUUGUAGAACCUGCAAGAAUCGUUUCCACGCCAGUUGCCUUUACAAACACCUCAUAUUACAAAACUUACACGCCCCUAUAGUACUCUGGUCCAGUUACUACAAUAAGGGUAAAGAUACAAGUACAAAAGCUCUGGUUAUCGCUGACAAGGACAAGGAUCAUAUUCCGGAACGAGAGAGCUCACGGAUCACGUUAUCAUCUUCCAACACCAAAAACCAUCUGUGUCCCUCCAAUUGUGCCAGCUGUGGCACACUCGAAUAUCUGCGGGUAUAUGCAUGGGAAAUCGCCCUCCGUUCCCAGGUGGUUUACCAUCGCCCAAUCUGCAUGGGAGAUCUGUCGGCGAACGGAAUGAUAGAUCAUCCGGAGGACGUCCCCGACGGUGAUAGUUCCGGAGGUAUAUUCAUUAUAUCGGAGUUCGAUAUCGAUCGGCCACUGUGGAAUUGCAUCAUGAAUGAUCCGCAUCUUCGUGACCGGAGGGGUCGUCGCAGCUUGACGAAGCUCACCCUCCGAAAUCAAAACGAACUGUUCUGUGGCGAGGACCCGCAUUGGCGAAAAGGUUGGAGAAGACAGGUCAAAGUAGAGAUCGCUCAAGGUCGAAUCUCCGUUCAGAAGAGGAUGUAG